UCGUUAGAUGAACCCGAAUUAAUAAUAUCUUGCUUGUUUUGUUUCUUUGUGUGAAGUGUAGAUGUUGUUGGGAACACGUGUAGACCCGUGUCGCAUGUUAAUUGUUGCGAUCCAAAUAUUCGAGCAUUGUUUUCCCUUCUCGCUCAUUGGUCUGGAAAACUUCCUUUUGAAAUUUCGUUAAUGAAUUUCAAUUUGAUCUAUAAUUGUUACGGACUUCAAUAUAGAGUCCAGCGUGUGUAGAAAUUAAGCCGGGAGGAAGUAUUUAUUCACUCAAGUAAUACGUCUUCACGCAGUGCUAGAGAUCUCCUUAAAUUUAGUCCAUUCAUCUUCAAUGACAGUUACAACUAAACCAAGUUCAUUGUACGUAAUAGGAAAUUAUUGAAGAAUGUAUAAAGUUGCUAAGGUAAGUCAUAAAAAUACGUCUGUGAUCAUUUUGUCGACUAAGCCAGCAGAUGUUCAUCGAUUGGGUCGUGUGGCGAAUUCGAAGCCAGCGAGAGACUAACACUAUUUCACUUCUCCGUUCACCUGCUCUUCGCGCAUGCGCUUAAUUCCUGCUACGCAUGCGUAGAAGCAGGUGAACAGGUGCAGUUGAAAUAUUGUUAACACAAUGAUAAUGAUUGUCCCUUUCUUUAUGAGCGGUUCGCUUGCAUUUAAAAACAUUAUGCACGUCAUGAGAGUACGACUCACAUCUCUCUGACUGCCCUACGAGAUGAACCGGGAAACACUUCUCAAUAAGAACUUUAGUCCACCUCUAGGACGAGUUCCAAGCUCCAACGGUAUUUCAUAUUCGAAUGCAGCAGCAUUAACCGCUUCACAGAGCAUAAAUGAAGCAAGUUGGAUACCGUCGUAUCGCGGAUCAAACUCGCUUACGUUCUCAAGAUCGCAGACCUUGAUUCCUUCGAAUGUUUUCGACACAUUUGAUGACUCUCAUCUCUUGGGAGCCUCUCAAUCAUUAGAUCCUGGGAAAUAUCUCGCCAAGAGCCCGGCAGCUUCUAAAGGAAGCAGCUAUAUCGGUAUUCAUGGCUUACAUUCCAGUCACGGACAAGAUGCAAAUCAAUACGAUCCUCACGAUAUACUGGAUCAGAUCUCAGCAUCCUUACAGCCUUCAGUCCCAGAAAACUUUGAAAAAUCAUUUGAGAAAGCGUUCGAAAAUAACCCAUCUCCAGUGAGUUCACUUCAACCUCAACCUUCUCAUCAUGUUUUACAUGCAGCAAUGAGUCCUCAAACGGAGGAUAUGAACCCAAGAGAGUUAGAGUGGUUUGCAGAACGCUUCAAGCAACGCCGAAUAAAACUCGGUGUAACACAAGCUGAUGUCGGUGCUGCGUUGGCUAAUUUAAAGAUUCCUGGUGUUGGCUCACUCAGUCAAUCGACGAUAUGUCGAUUCGAAUCCCUUACAUUGAGUCAUAAUAAUAUGAUGGCUUUAAAACCUGUUCUCACAGCUUGGUUAGAAGAAGCAGAGAAAGCAUAUCGAAGUAAGAACUAUAAAAGUGAGUUUUUACCAAAUUCAGAGAAAAAACGUAAACGAACAUCAAUUGGAGCUGCGGAAAAACGAAGUCUAGAAGCAUAUUUCGCAAUGAACGCAAGACCAUCCAGUGAUAAAAUUUCUUCUAUAGCUGACAAACUUGAUUUAUCGAAAAACGUCGUACGUGUUUGGUUUUGUAACCAAAGGCAGAAAAAGAAAAGGAUGAAAUUUUCAGUUCAUUGACUUCAAAUACACAGACGAGUUCUAAUAAGUCACAGAAUGCAGGGGUCCGUAAAAUUUGACAAAUAUGACACUGAAACUCAAGGAGUUAGGGUUAGACUUUUGGCAAAUGUAUAUAUUUGAAAUUGGGAAAUUAAAGCUAAGAGCGAUAAUGUUUGGGCAAGGUUAAAAUGACAAAAAGAAGUUUGUAACACAAAACAAAUAGUUGAAAAGAAAAUUGGACUGAUAAUUAGAUGAACUAACAUUGCUUGCCUGAUGUUAUCUCGAACAAAAUAUUAUUCAACUCUGAUAUUCUUAUUGAAAGAUAAUUUGUGCAAUCCUCUCGCGUGUUUCAAUAUUCGUGUUCAAUUUUGAUGACUAGAAACUUAAAUCAUUACAAUUUCCACGGCUUUGUUUUUCGGUGGGUUGUAUAGAAUUAUUACUGAACAUCUGUGCACGGCUACAAAUGCGAUGCAUGGGCCAUGGCAUGCAAAGCAAAUGAAUUUGUGAGAACGAGCAUUCAGACAAAACAACGAUCGAUCUAUUGUUAACAUGACUGAAUUAGAGUGAAUUAAUAUAUAGCAAGAAAAAUGUUAACUUAUAUUUUAAUAUAUUUCAAAAUUUUUACCGACAUUUG